AUGGAAAACCUUUCCUACCCAAGGAACAUGUUACUCCUGGAGGGGUUAAAUGUCACACAACAGUCCUCCUACCCAGCCUUCAUCCUUUUUCUCAUCAUCUACAUCUUCACCAUGGUGUCCAAUAUCAGCCUCAUUGUGCUGAUCACAAUGGAGAGGAGCCUGCACCAUCCCAUGUACAUUAUUUUCUGCAACCUACCUCUCAACGAUGCACUUGGAGCCACUGUUAUCAUCCCCCGUUUGCUGAGUGACAUAUUCGUGGCAAGCACAGAACGCUACAUAAACUAUAUUGAAUGUGCUAUCCAAGCAUUUGGCGCUCACAUGUUUGGUACCACCUCACAUACAAUAUUGAUGAUAGGCCUCACCCUCCGACUUUCUCGUUGCGGAUCGGAAAUUCUUCACCCUUUCUGUGACAAUGCCUCAAUAUUUAAACUCUCCUGUGAAAGCACUGUUAUUAACAAUAUCUAUGGACUCACUUUUACCAUCUUACUCCUAGGAUCGUCAAUGGGGAGUUUGAUAUUGACAUACUUUAGGAUAGCUAUAGUGUGUAAGAAAAACAAAAACCGGGUUCUGAGUAGCAAGGCCCUGCAGACCUGCUCCACACACCUGUCUGUAUAUAUAAUUAUGCUGGUUUCCGGUUUCACCAUCAUCUUUCUUCAUCGCUUCCCUGAAUGGUCCAACCACAGAAAACUGGCAGCCAUUUUGUUUCAUGUCAUCCCCCCUUGGGUUAAUCCUAUUAUCUAUGGUCUUCAUACUAAAGAGAUCCGACAGAAACUUUUCAACAAGUUUUCUCCAAAUAAAGUGAAUGUAUGA